GUGUCGAUAGUCAGAUCGCAGGUUUCCAGGUCUUAUUUAACAAGUUUUCGAGGAUUUCUUAAUGAAAAUGAUUCGAAAUCGCUUUGGCAACUUGUCGCGCGUCUCCGCCCAGCUGCAGCGCCAUGUCCAGCAGAUGUCCACGAACGCCGCAGCAGCUCCGGAGGAGGGAGCGGUCAUUAAUGAGUUCCGAACGGCGGUCACCAAUCCCGGCGAGCACUCAGCGCUGCAGGUGGCCAAGUUCUACACCAUUCCCGCGGAGCAGAAGAAGCAGAUCUUUGCCGGCGGCGGCCUGCCCAAGCAGUACGAGCAGCAGAUCAAGACCUUCACGGAGGCCUGUCUGAUGGUACGGAAUCCUGCCCUGGAACUGCUGCAGUACAUUAAGGCCACCGACCUGACCAAGCCGGUGGUACGGUAUGUGCUGUACGGAGAGAAUGGCACCGGAAAAACCCUGUCAAUGGCCCAUGUGCUGCACUACGGGGCCCUCAACGACUUCCUGCUGGUCCACGUGCCCUGGGCGCCCAACUGGAUGAAGCGGCCCAAGGAGGCUUCUAAUGCUGCCGGCCAGGAGGGUAUGAUUGAUCUGCCCUUCGACGCUGCAGCCUGGCUGGUGCACUUCAAGGCCCAGAACAGCCAGUUGCUCCAGCGGCUGCAGCUGAAAACGAGCAAGGAGUACGUGUGGAGCAAGCGCGAGAGCACGCCGGCUGGCUCCUCGCUCAUCGAGCUGGUGGAGCACGGGAUAGCACGCAUCAAGUACGCCUCGGAGACCACGGCGGCGCUCAUUGCUGAACUCAAACAGCUCUCCACCGCUGGCCAGUGCAAGGUGAUGGUGGCCAUCGAUGGCUUCAACGCCUUCUUCCACCCGGUGACCCGCAUUUUCUCUGAUAACAAGCAGCUUGUGACUCCGGAUCGGAUCACGCUCACCCAGCCCUUCCUCGACAUCACCAACUACGACUGGACGAAUGGCGUGUGCAUUCUGUCCGUGGACAAGAUCGCCAUGACCGAAGGCCAUAUGGACUCCCACAUGCCGCGCUAUCUGCUUGGUCAGGAGGGCUUCGAGCACCUGGAUCCCUUCGUGCCCGUCCUCGUGGAGAAUUACACGGACAAGGAGUUCCACAGCUACAUCAACUACUAUCUCGACCGCCACUGGAUCAACAAGACGCCGCAGGGAUUUGAGGAACAGCUGAAAUUCAUGAGCAACAAGAACCCCUACUCGUUGAUGCAGUUGGUGAGGGCCUUGUAGAGUGUGGGAUAUCCUGUAUUUGUAGGCCAAUAAAGUUAAUUCAAAUGUUAAACACAGAA